CGGAAGUAAACACCAGAGAUUAGAACUCAUCAUAAUCUCCAUUUUCCAACAAACUUAUUCAAUUAUCAUUUUCCACCGGAACUAUGACUUCUUGUCUUCAUCUCCAGCCAUUGUGUCUGCUGCUGAUGCUGAUCCUAUGGCCACUGUUCAUCUCUGCUUCCAUUGUUACUCAUCUUCCUGGUUUUCAUGGUCCACUUCCCUUUCACCUUGAGACUGGAUAUGUUGGUGUGGAUGAAGUGCAACUCUUUUAUUACUUCAUAGAGUCUGAGGGAAAUCCAGUUGAGGACCCUCUUAUUCUUUGGCUCACAGGUGGCCCUGGUUGCUCUGCUUUCAGUGGCCUUGUCUUUGAAGUUGGUCCUCUGAAGUUCAGGAGUGUGGAGUAUAAUGGUAGCUUGCCAACACUUGUGUAUCAUCCUUUCUCUUGGACUAAAGGUGAUCUGUUUUUCAGUUUUGUUGACAAUUUUCAUGAUCUUUUUUAUUCAGUAAAAAGUUUUAUGAUUUUUAUUUUUCAGGUCUCAAAUGUGAUCUUCUUAGACUCUCCAGUUGGAACUGGGUUCUCAUUCUCAAAUACUCCAGAGGGAUAUGUUGAUGGUGAUAUCACUUCAUCCAAUAGAGUGUACAAGUUUCUCAGAAAGUGGCUGAUUGAUCACCGUCAGUUCCUCUCCAAUCCUCUGUAUAUUGCUGGUGAUUCAUAUGCUGGCAUGGUUGUCCCAUUCAUCACUAACCUGAUAUCACAAGGCAUUGAAUCUGGGACUCAGCCUCCUCUGAAUCUCAAGGGAUAUUUGAUUGGCAACCCAGGAACCGGAGAAGCAAUCGAUCUGAAUUCUCGCAUCCCAUAUGCUCAUAAUAUGGGGAUAAUUUCUGAUGAGUUAUAUGAGUCCACCAUUAUUUCUUGUGAAGGAGAGGAUUAUGAAAGUCCUACCAAUACUGUGUGUGCUGAGAAGCUUCGAGUUGUGAAUAAGUUCAUUAAUGAAAUUCAUAAGCCGCAUAUUUUGGAGCCAAAAUGUCCACGAACAUCUCCGAACCCAAGGAACAUGGCCGGAGAAAGGAGAUUUCUCAAGGAUGAGCACGAAGAGCUUAUCGCCCCACCACCUGUUCCCCCUCUUAAAUGCAGAUCUUAUGCUUACUAUUUGUCCUACAUUUGGGCAAACACCGGUGCCGUGAGAGAUGCUCUUCACAUCCAGAAGGGGACUGUGCCGGAAUGGAUUAGAUGCAACGAUUAUUUGCAGUAUGCCCACGAUCUUCCAAGCAGUAUCAAAUACCAGCAGAAGCUCACAAGCCAAGGUUAUCGAGCUCUUGUUUACAGUGGCGAUCAUGAUAUGCUGGUGCCACAUAUAGGAACACAGACAUGGAUAAGAUCUUUGAACUACUCCAUUGUCGAUGACUGGAGAUCUUGGUUCUCUAGCGGUCAAGUAGCGGGAUACACAAGAACAUAUGUCCACAAUCUUACAUUUGCCACUAUAAAGGGUGCUGGUCAUACAGCUCCGGAGUACAAACCAAGGGAGAGCCUGGAUAUGAUUAAAAGAUGGCUUUCAUAUCAACCAUUGUAGUUUAAUGACACAUCUUUUGAUCAAAUAAGAUUCACAGUUUGCACUUGUUUUUCUAUUAACUGUACCAUGAACA